AUGAGUUCGAUUGGUACUGGGUAUGAUCUUGCCGCUGCCACUUAUGCCACAUCUUCAGUUGAAUAUGCUCAGAAAGCAGUCGAUGGUGGCGCUACGAUGAUUGCAUUGCGAGGCAAAGAUGGCGUUGUUACGGCAGCAGAUAAAGUAGUCUCAUCGAAAUUGUAUGUUGAAAAUGCGAACUCAAGAGUAGCUAAUGCAGGAGAAUACAUUGGUUGUACAAUGGCAGGUAUAUAUCCAGAUUGUAAAGCACUUCUUGAUUAUGCCAUUAACGAGGCAUUGAAUUAUCUGAAGGAAUAUCGGUCACCUAUCCCUAUCAAAAAGCUAGCAAACCAGUUGGCUGAAUAUAUUCAUGUUUAUACGCUUGGUAUCAGUAGACCUUUUGGAGCUUCCAUUUUUUUGAGUGCGUGGGAUGCAGAGAAUGGUGCGAAGUUGUUUCUGUUGGAACCAUCGGGUUUAUGUUAUGAAUAUAGAGCAUGGGCUAUUGGCAAGCACCGACAAGCCGCCAAAACGGAAAUUGAGAAAAUGAAAUUGGAGACUAUUCCAAUGCAACACUUAAUUAAGGAAGCGGCUCGGAUAAUUAUGAUGGUACGAGAUGAAACAAAAGAUAGAAAUCCCCAAAUAGAAAUGGGUUGGGUUGGCGAAUUCACUAAUGGGAAACAUGAAAUUGUUCCUAAAGAGGUUAGUUAUUUUUAG